UCAAAGAAUCGAAACAUAAGGCAAAAAACAGUCUCAGUAAGCCAUCCACCUUGAAUGUGGUUCGAUUUUGUACCAUAAUUGUGAAGAUUAUGAGCAAUCAACCCCUUCCCCCGUCGAUAAAUAGAGCCCAAUACUCCCCUUCGAAUCGAACCAAACCCAUAUGGAAGACAAGCCAUGCCCAUCAAACUCCUCAGGUAGCGUGUCGUCAUCCUCCAUGAAAGAGAACCCGAGAUUAGAGCUACGUCUGCUGCUGGAAGAGAAGACGAGGGAGGGCGGCCAGAGCGAGGGUGGGAGAGCAGCUCGAGUGUUUUCAUGCUCCUUCUGCAAGAAGGAGUUCUCGACGUCUCAGGCCUUGGGCGGUCACCAGAACGCUCACAAGCAAGAGCGGGCCUUCGCCAAGAGACGCAAAGAGAUCGAGUUGGAGUACCCUUCCCUCUCCCUCCCUUUUGCCAACAGAACGUGUUAUAACCUCUACGAUCCCGUCAUGGGUAGAUCCAAGGUGUAUCCGUUUAACGCCAUGGGGUACCCUUUGGGAUCAUACAGAGGGUUCAGCAUGACAUCUCUACUGGGUGACAGGACGAAUGACGAUUUGUCAAAGAAUCUCAUAUCAAAGCUGGACAAGGACAAGGACAAGGACGAGGGCGGGAAAGAAGAGCAGUCGGGGAGUGAGAGUCGCACGGCUUCCGGAAUAGAUUUGUCUCUUAGGCUGUAAGAUGAUGUUAAUUGUGUUCUCCUCCCCUCCUUCGUUUUAUGCUCUCCCGCUGUUAUUUCAAUGA